AUGAUCCAAGCUCAGGAAUCGCUGACGCUGGAGGACGUGGCUGUGGAGUUCAGCUGGCAGGAGUGGCAGCUCCUGGACCCUGCUCAGAAGGACCUGUACCGGGACGUGAUGUUGGAGAACUAUGGGAACCUGGUGGCCGUGGGGUAUCAAGCUGGCAAAUCAGAUGCCCUCUCCAAGUUGGAGCGAGGAGAAGAACUGUGGACAGGAGAAGAUGAAAUCCACUCUCAAUUCUGUCCAGAAAUUGGGAAAGUUGAUCAUCUACAGUAUCACUUGAAAAAUCAAAGAACCCCAAAGUCUGUGGACCAAUGCCAUGAAUAUAAUGGAUUUGGAAAUAUUUUCAGUCAGAGAAAAAGUAGGAUUCCAUUGGAGCAAUUACAUGAUAUGUGUGACUUUCAUGGAAAAACUUUAAAAUCAAAUUCAAGAGUAGGAAACCGCAACAAAAUCUGUGACCUGAAAACCGUUCCUGAGUUUAAUGGAGAUGGACAACCUUUUCUCCAAGAUAAGUAUGAAGAACUUUAUACUGACGUGAAAUUUCCUGAAAGUCCAAAAUCCAACAGGAACAAGUCCGAGAUCCUUAACCACCGCAGAACUGCCAAAAUAGUGAAUGCCCAUGUAUGCAGUGAAUGUGGCAGAGCCUUCAUCAAGAAGUCUCAGUUCAUUGAUCAUCAGAUGAUUCAUACAGGAGAGAAACCUCAUGGAUGCAGUGUGUGUGGGAAAGCCUUCUCCAGAAAGUACAGGCUGACUGAACAUCAGAGAGCCCAUGCUGGCCUGAAAUAUUAUGAGUGUACGGAAUGUGACAAAACUUUCCUCAAGAAAUCACAACUCAACAUACAUCAGCGAACACAUACAGGAGAGAAACCCUAUGUAUGCAGUGAAUGUGGAAAAGGCUUCACCAUGAAGAUUGAUCUCAUCAUACAUCAGCGUAUUCAUAAUGCAGAGAAACCAUAUAUUUGCAGUGAUUGUGGAAAAGGCUUUACUGUGAAGAGCCGUCUCAUUGAACAUCAGCGAACUCAUACAGGCGAGAAACCUUAUUUAUGCAGUGAAUGUGGAAAGGGCUUCUCAGCAAAGAUUCGUCUGAUUGGACAUCAGAGAACUCAUACAGGAGAGAAGCCGUAUAUAUGCAGUGAAUGUGGGAAAGGCUUCACUGAGAGGAGCCACCUCAAUGUACAUCGGCGCACUCAUACUGGAGAGAAACCCUACAUAUGCAACGUGUGUGGGAAAGCUUUAAGUGGGAAAAGCGUGCUUAUCGCACAUCAGCGAACGCAUACUGGAGAGAAACCCUACAUAUGCAAUGAAUGUGGGAAAGGUUUUGCUAGGAAGAGUCCUGGCUCCCCAGGAGAAGGAGGGACGGGGUGA